GGUCUAUAGUUAAGGCUGUAAAAUAGGCUGCAUGUAAACCCUUCAACAAUGUCUCACUGGAAACAAAUGAAUAACAAUGUAGGAUAAAGUUAAUGACAUUGCUUAUGGACCACUGGGGUUGUGCUCCCAGACCUGGAAGAUGAUCUUUCGACGAGAUCUGUACUUAUUAGUCUUAAACCACCUGCAGACAAUGGCGAGUUGGAGAAACAGUAUUCACCCAGUCAGUGGUCCCACAGGAUGUCGGCAGAUGACGUGAUUAAAGCCCACGAGGCUGCGCUGAAAUCAGGUACAGAGAAGGCUCGGGCUGUUGCACAGAACAUUCUGGAUAUUCCUUAUGGAGAGGGAGAUGAAGAGAAGCUGGAUGUGUACAUGCCUCUUAGUUCUUCCCCAGAUGUGCCUCUAGUUAUCUACCUCCAUGGUGGUUACUGGCAGUUCCUGAGCAAGGAGGAGUCCGGUUUCAUGGCUGUACCGUUGACCCAGAAGGGUGUAGUGGUGGUCGCUGUUGAUUACAGCAUUGCCCCGAAAGGUAAUAUGGAUCUGAUGGUAUCUCAGGUACGCAGGAGUUUGGUGGCUGUCAUUCAGCAGUAUUCACACAUCAGUGGGCUUUACCUGUGUGGUCAUUCUGCAGGUGCACACCUAGCGGCCAUGGUUCUUUCUACUGAUUGGUCAGAGUACAGUGUAUCUCCUCAAAUCAAAGGAGCGUUUCUUGUUAGUGGCAUUUACGACCUGCUGCCCAUUAUGUCCACAUAUGUGAACAAGCCACUGAAGAUGACGGAGGAGGUGGCUUUUAGGAACAGCCCCAUUCGGUUAGUGUCUCAGCUCAAAAAGUCCUUAUCGGACUGCGACAUUGUCGUUGCUGUGGCACAAAACGACUCCCCCGAGUUCCGGAAGCAGUCAGAAGAUUACUUCAAGUCUUUGCAAGCAGCUGAACUUAAGGUUACUUUUGAAGACAUACCUGACACAGAUCAUUUCAACAUCAUUGAGCAGCUUGUGGAUGAAAAUUACUACCUUACACAGCUUAUACUCAAGAUGAUGGGCAAAGGCUGAGGGAAUUCUAAUCAGCCAUAUUUCUUUCCUGGAGUUCUGUCUCUUUAUGUACUAUACAAGCAGUCACCUUCUUAUAAAUUAUGACAGAAUGGUCAGUUUAACUCCAGAUCAAUUGAAUCUUAUAUCUUGUUUAUUAGGGAGUAACAGAGCCUUUUUUGUCCUACUGUUUGUGGGCUAGUUUUAUGUACAAUCUUCAUGAAUAUUCAGGCUGUAAUUAGUAUCAAUAUGAAUUCAUGCACUUGAAAAAGACCUUUUCAGAUGCUGGUUAAUCAAAUCUUUAUCUGAUCAUUAAUACUGUCUGCUGCUGUGGGUUGCAGAUUCACACAAUUAAUGUUGCAAGUCCAUCAACCUGCAUGAUGAAAUUAAUCAUAUUACGGUUAGAACUUCUAGACAUUCUAGCAAGAUUGUGCAUAUCAGGUUAUACUGAAGAGGAAGCAAGAGCUAACAACAUUAACAUAAUAUUUGGUCUGAUAUUUGGGUCUGUCCUGAAAGUGUUACGUAAAAGCAUCUACUGUAAUUAAAAAAAAAUCAAAAUGGU